AUGUCUCCUAUCAAGAAGGUCGCUAUAUUUGGUGCAGCGGGAAAUUUCGGUACCCCCAUCACAGCCGCGCUUGUGAAAGCUGGCUUCGAUGUAACCAUCAUCACUCGUAUUGAAUCCACGUCAAUCUUCCCGCCGGGAAUUCCCGUUAUCAGGACGGAAUACACAGUUGAGAAGUUGACGACAGCACUGUCAGGCCAGGAUGCAGCAAUAUCUGUUAUCGGCCCUGCCGGUAUCUCAUUCCAGACCACGUUGGUCGACGCUGCCGAAGCUGCGGGCGUUCAACGCUUCGUAUUAGACGACUUCGGAUGGGGUCCUGGCUUUAACAGCUUACCUGAAUUUAAACCGAUCGGUGCUCAGAGGAAGGUCGCUUGGGAGCGAGUAAAGGAGCUGUCUCAAGCUAAUUUUAAGUUUACCUUUAGUGGAAUAGCUAUUGGUAACCCUAUCGACUGGGCGCUCAAACGCUUUCCCUUAAUGGGAUUCGAUGUCCAAAAGCGCUCUGCCGUCAUCUACGACGACGGUACCGAAGAAUUCACCGGGACAACACUAGAAGGGAUCGGACAGGCUGUCGUUGGCGUAUUAAAACAUCCAGAGGAGACCGCAAACCGGUUCCUCAAGGCGCGCUCGAUCCAAGUCAACCAAAACCAACUACUAGACGCCUUCCAAAAGGUCACGGGCCAAACAUGGGAAGUCCAGCGUGGCAGUGCGAAAGACUUCCUCGAGAGCGGGAGGAAGAAGCACGAAGCAGGAGAUAAGGGCUGGGUACUAGAGCUUCUCGUAUACCAGCUAUACGCGCCUGGAGACGCGCGCUGCAUCCUGGCGUCGAGGGAAGAUUCGGAUGCGGAUCUCCUUGAGAUUAGGGAGGAAACUGCUGAAUAUAUUGCUCGCAAAGUGUUGGACUCUAUUGAAGAUCCCUAA